UAAUGUUUGCAACUCAGGAGUUAUAAAAUGGGACAGCGUGAAUCGAGUCGAGUGGAUUCGUCUUUUAAGCGAGAUUGUUGAAUGCGUGACUGUACUUAUGGGUUAUGAGAGUAGGUAGUCGUUAACCUGAAAUUCUCAUUAAAGACAUGAAUUAGAACAUCCUCAGCCGGGAAGGCCCAGCAUCUCAUAACAAGCGCACGACCAGCAGAUUUCACGACCAGCAGAUUUGAGGGGAGUGGACGACACUUUGGAGCACGAUUUUGUAGCAAUGACGAGUGAGCUGACGAAGUCCAUAGGCGGAGGGAAGGUGCUCUCGAGCUUCAUGAUUGCGAGACAACGGAUCUGAUUCUCGCUGCAGCCGCGCGAGGUGAGGCGUCCGUGAGCUCCACUAAGUUACUCGGUCGUCCAAUGUUCGACCUCCAGACUAUGAAGCAACGAAAUUCUUGUUCGAUCGAAGAAGAAGACAUAGUUAUUGAAAUUUCGUGGAGUCCGGAAAGCCUCAAAGCCGCGGAUAUUUUCAGCGGGAAACCUUCUACUCGUAGGAAGAUUCUGGAGAUGGCCAUACUCCGGAUCACCGAGGAGAAGUCGCUAAGCAAAGUUUCGGACUUGAAGCGGGUGCCGUCGCUUAGCAUACACCCAAAUCCAGACUUAGGCCGAGGCCAUGGGCCUUUUGACAGUUUUAUUUCUUCUCUCAAGAGUGACCGCUCAGGAAAGGAGAUUUACGGUGAGGAAGAGAUGACGACGAGAAACUCCAUAAUGUUACACAAAAGGCUCUUCAGAUCAUGCAGUUGCAAGUGAGGGUUUGGAAGGCAUCGUUCAACAGACGAGAGCAAACGAAGCAUAGAUCCAGAUGGUUAUGUAUUGUGAUUAGCAAAUGACGGGAUUAACUUUGCAGGCGAAGACGUGGAUCAUAUUUACAUCCUCCACUCUGAUGUAUCUUUUAUUGUUAAUAGAGGUUUGAGGGUCGACGGUCACGUUCUUUAGGCGGAAAUAUUUGUAAUCGAUUGGCUGACAAUACUGUGGCCAGUUGUGCCUCGAACCUUCCGGCCUUCGGAGUUCUGUUCCUUGAACGGUCGGGCAAGUUGAAUGGUAUUCCUGGCACAGAAGGUCUUGUCAGCUGUGUGAUGGAUUCCUUUGGUAAGAGAGUCGGGAUCACUUGUGAGAUCGGGAUCAAGUUCCAUUUGGACGUCGUAAGCUCUGAAAAGUAUCAUCUUCCUGGAAAGUCCGUGUCUUCUCCUGCAUUACAGUAGCGCAAACAUAUUCACGGAUCUGCUAAGUACGUUAUCGUAUUUGCUAGGACAGAGUAUAUGACGUAGUCCUUGUGGUUGUUCAGAUGUUUGUUUACCAGGGUGGUGUGAACUAGUCUGUACAUUCCAACUCAAGGUUAUUUCAAUGUACUGGCAUUAAAGAGAUGAUGUACCUUAGACAGCGGAAGCGAAACAUGUUAAUCCG